AUGUACCCCAACCAGGAUCUGGGCGUGCCCCAUGGCGAGGGGGUUCCCCAAGCACCAGCGGGCACUGUGGUGCCUCCGGAGCUGCUGGAAGAAAUGCUUUGGUUUUUUCGGGUAGAAGAUGCAUCUCCUUGGAAUAUUUCCAUCUUUGCCCUGGUGGGUGUGGUGGUCGUGAUAAGCAUGGUCCUCCUGGGAAGGAGCAUUAAGGCGAACAGAAAGCAGAAGACGCUGCCCCGGGAAAAACAACCUCCCGAAGUCUUGACUGAGGCCAGAACCAAAGAUGACAACAACCUGAACAUCCUCAGGGAGACUUUGCUCUCAGAAAAGCUGACCGUGGCCGAGGCGGACGUUGAGUUAAAGGAGAGGAGCAUGCCACCAGCCUUCCCUCCAGACCCGCAGGAAUCCGAGAGCUAG